AUGCCUCCUCAAAUCUUCAAGGGCCGUGUUCUCGCCGCAGCAGGUCCUCUCCCAGGACAGUUGACGGUAGAAAACUUGAAGCGAUGGGCCUUGAUCCGCAAGGGUGACUUUGUUGAUCACUUUGACGAAGAUGUCACUCACCUGCUCUGCACCAGAGAACAGUUUGACAAGAGGGUUCCCAGGGUCAAAGAUGCGUUGAAGCGUGGGAAACGCUUUCACAUUGUUCACUGUGACUGGUUCGAGUUCUCGGCGGUCAAGAACAAGCGUCUCCCUGAGAAGGAGUUUUCCAUGAGGAACAUUCUUGCAAAGCAGAACGCAAAGAGACGUGAGAGAGCGCGUAUUGAAAAGGGGAAGAGAGAUGGUGAAAAGUUUGUCAACACGAACUUUUACCACAUCUACAGAGAUCGAAGCAACUUUGUGUACCAACUUGACAUUACACGCGACAACGAAGCUGCCGGUGAAUUCGGACAGAAGUAUACACUCUGCCUCUGGGAGUCCAAUGCAAAGCCUCACCUGUACUGGUUCACUGCCAAGUUCACCAAGCGCAAAGGGAACUCUCAGCCUACCUAUCAUCGGCCAAGUGUAUGCCCAGACAAGUGGCGUCCGCAGAUGGAUCUCUUCAUGGAGUUCUUUCGGGUCAAGACUGGUAUCCCCUGGGAAGAUCGGGUGACACUUGCCAUGACGAUGCCGAGCUCAUACUUUCAAUAUGAGCCCCCAACUAGUGGUAAACCUCUGGGGAGACGUCUACGCUUCGAUUCCGAGUAUUGCCAGCAGAUCAACGCCGAGCUACGAGGUCUUCCAUGGCCCCCUGUUGAGGAGACCGAAGUCAAGACUCCCGAAGAAGUCGAUGAUCCAGAACCCAUUUUGGAGUACGAGGAAGGCGAGGGAAAGGCGGGAGAGGAGGACGCUGCCAGUGACGAGGAUGAUGAAGCUGAGCAGGAUUCCGACAUGGAACCCGAUGAGGAUACUAGUCAGGAAGGCCAGUAUGCUGCUGGAGAUGUGGAAGUUGAAGAUGCCCCGUCAACCCUAGUCUCGGCCAUCUUUGACAGCACCACCGCUACAGAAUCCACAGCCCCAUCUUCUCAAAGCCAGGAGAGUGGCUGUGAGCAGUCUCCUGAGCAUCAUGUCUCUGAAGAUGCGGAGGACUCGAAGGAUAUGACAUUUCCAACGGGCGAUGCUGAAUCUGGGUAA